AUGGAAGAGAAGAAGAGGAAGAUGAAACCGUCGAAGAAGAGCGAAAUCGAGUUUUGCAAAGUAUGCCGAUUGCAUCACGACCAUGGCCCGCGCCACAAGUACUUCCCUCGCCACAAAGACUCCCUCUCUGCCUUUCUCGACCGAUUCCGAUCGAAGUUAGCUGAUGUCAGAUUCUUCGUGAGGAACCCUAGCGUUCUACGGCCACAGGAGGAAUCGAAAAACCGUGUUUGGUGUGUCUUCUGCGAUGAGGACAUUGUUGAGCUCGGUAGCUCCUUCGCUUGUUCGAAGGCAAUCAAUCACUUCGCUAGUUCCGAUCAUCUUAAGAAUAUCAAGCAAUUUCUAUGGAAACAUGGCCCGGCAAUGGAUUGCAUAGAUGAUUUCCGAAUUUCAGAAGCUGAUGUAGCUAAGUGGGGGAAGAAAUGUCAGUCAUUGAGAAAGGAAGAUGCAUCUGCUAGUAAAGUGUCCUGCGGGCAGCUUUCCAGGACAUCUAAUGAUAUCCACAAUAAACUUGACUCUGAAACUAUGGAUAUAAUUGAAAAAUUUCCUAUAAACCAUAUAAAUGAUGUUAUGCCUUUACAGUAUAAUACGAAUGAGUAUCAGAUAUCACAUUCAGAGCUUCCUGGAGUUACACAUUAUGGUUCACAUCUGAACACGGAUGCAUCUCAUCUCCCUCUCUUUGCUGAUCCGCUGAGUCAUCUACAAGGGAACGGGGUCGGCAAACAUUCCAUUAGAAGCAGCAGUUACUCGGGCAAUGGUAAUUUUUGCACCCAAGAGAUGUGCAAGGAUAAGAAACAAACUAAGGGCAGUUGCAGUUCUCCAGGUGUGGUGGGAAUGAUAUCUUCCUCACAUUCCAGCGAUGCUAGCGGAAACGUUCAUUCUGGAGCUCCUCCACCGUGGCUUGAUGCAAAUGACGGGAGUCUCUCUAAUGUUCAACCGGAUAUGAGCAGGUUUCAGGAAAAGAUACCUGUAAAGACUUGUAAGCUGAACCCUAACAGGGUUGGCGCUGCAUGGGCUGAAAGGAGAAAGAUAGAGAUGGAGAUGGAGAAGAGGGGGCAUGCAACGAAUAGUAACACUGAUGCAGACUGGCUUCCCAACUUUGGUCGGGUUUGGCAAUCAGGCACUCGAAAAGAAUCUAGAAAAGAAUUUGAGAAGGAGAAACGGAAGUUAGUCAAAACUGAAAGCAUCUCUAUGGAAUCGGAACCGGAACCAGAACCAGUCCAAAUACAACCGUACAUUAGCAAACGGGUGCGAAGAGAGAAGAGUGAUGAAUGA